AUGGGGGAAUUGGUUCAGAUCCGUGCGUCAUCCAGAGGAGCCGUGCUAAGGAUCAAGACGGAUGAGAGUGAUUACUACCUUAAAUGCAGUACAUCCACGUCGAACGAUGCUGGAGUCACGUCAAUAAUGUCUAACGUUGUUCCUGAUCUUGUCGCCAAGCCGUUGUUCGCAGACGUAGAACGUCGUCAAAUGAUCCUUGUGGACCACGGCAACGAGACUGGCUUCUGUGGAUUGAAAGAUGAGGCGUGUAAGCAGGGCGUAAGAGAUCUGGCGUGUCUGCACCGCGCAAGCGCAAAGGUGUUGCCUGAUUUGUUGGAGGCCGGACUACCAUGUUAUUCACCGCUGUGGAUGCGUGAGAACUUGAACUCACUUUUUCAGUGUAAGGAGCUUUUGUCCGUGCUAGAAACGGAAGCAAGGCAGAAACUGUCGAGCAUCAAGGGGAAGCUGCAAGAUGAUCUGACGGAACUUAUUGAUUUGGAAAUGCCUACCUGUUUGAUACACAAUGACACGACCGACGGGAACCUAACCAGGAAGGGCGCCGAUGAGGGUCCAGGGGUCCGAUUUUUCGACUUUGACAGCUCUUUCGCAGGCCAUCCUUUGUUUGAUGUUGACUGGUGCAACCGGGAUACCCUAGAGCUCUAUGCACAGGAAAUGGACAUAGCAGACAUUGACGGAUUGCUUAGGUUGAUUAGGAAAGUGUUCUUCAAUCUUAGGCCGCUCGUGCGAGCAUAUAGAUACUUGGAUAUGGUUAGGGAAGCGGAAGACGGUGCUCCCCGGGAAGACGCCCUUCACUGGCUAGAGGACAGUGUUCGUUCCUUGCUGCCGUGACCGAGGAAGGAAAUGGUGACCGCAUUUUUUGGGCUGAGUUGACGUGUACGACGGUGUAGUCUCAAACUACACCGUCGUAGACUACUAGUCUGGGGCGAGCCGCUCUGCACGUGGCAUCAGCUGUAUGCGCUUUAUAAUGAGUACAAAAGAAGGUGCGAAAGUUUUGGCGGGAGCAUCAUCGUCAGAACGACAGUAGAGGAGCCAUGAAAGUCUUCAUAGCUGGGUGAUGCAUGCAAAACAAGAACUGAGUUGUUGUUUUGGAUGCAUCACCCGGCUUUAUGAAACGCUAGUCCAUCUUCUGACAACGAGACGUACGCACACUGCACUGCGGUUGCCGCAUUCGUACCAGGCAGAGCACAAGGAGGGGGCUCGUUGACUGGACACACGGACAGGGGGCACAGUGUUGGCAUCAGUGCGGACGGAAGACAUGUGAUCUUUGCAUCCUGGGACGAGAAUGUGAGGGUGUGGAACGUGGACAGAGGGAUCAAACUUGGUAGCGAGUGGACAGAGGACUGGCAAGACAUCACGGUCCAAAUUCUGCGGACCGCAGACAUGGGCACUGUCUCCUAUACAGGACAAGCAUCGCAAAUAACUCUACGCAAGGGAAGAGUUGUGCGAGGCGAGAGGACGGGUCUGAGGCUGUCCUGGCUCAAUUGGAGACUACAGUAGACUCACUGAUAUGGCACGAUCAUGCAGUGGUAGUUGCAGCGGUAGCUAAUCUGGUUGUUUGCAUGAAGGUAGUGGUCUAAACGACCACACGAGAAGCCAUAGACGCUUGCCACCCCAGGCAUUCGUGACGUGUUGUAAUGGUGCGUCAUAGUAGUUGGGAGAGAGGGAGGGAGUUCAUUUUGAUGUCACGAAAGCUUGAGAGUCUUGUUUUAUGGACGUUGCCAGUCCAUGUCUUUGUGUGCAUGAUCUAUCAACCAGCUUCCCCUCAUCUCACAGUAAACAACUCUGGGAGUGGGAGCGGA